UCCAUUCUGUUCCCUUCACUUUCACUCUCAGUAAAAACUUCCUCUCCGUCUCUGGGUUUCAUUUGUGCAAAUUAUUAGAAACACACUGGCACGUCGGGAUUAAAAUGAGUGGUUCAAUGAACGUUUGGUCCCGAUGUGACAUCACAACGCUCUGCUGUUUCCGCUGGCGGACGACGUGCUCGAGCACUUCAGUGAUCAGAUUUACCAAAUAUUGAAACUUAACAGAAGAACCUAAAACGAAAAGAGCGUCAUUUAAAAACAUUGAUGAAUUCAUAAAUAAAAAAAUGCGAUUGAAAGUCACUUGUUUACAGGAGAAAUAACAGGAUUAUAAACCACACGCUCCUGUAUUCGCUACAAUACGGUACGAACCCGGAAGUGUUGCCGUGCGUGCGGUUACCAGGCAACUGUGUUGUUGCGUGUUCGCCAGCAGACCAGCUUCACUGCGAUGGCGGGCCGUGUGGGGGACCCGAGCCGGGCUCCGGUGGCCUUCGGCCGGCGGGCGGUGCCGCAGCUGUUCGAGCAGCUGCAGCGGCCGGCGGCGGGCGGCAGACUGCCGGCUCUGAACUCACUGUGCGACCUGAUGCACAACCCGGAGCUCCUCUACCAGGCUGCAACCGGCGGUUUUCUGGAGCAGUUGAAGGUUUUGUUUCAAGAUGAAAAUCCAGCAGUCAGGACAAAAACCUGCGAGCUGCUUCACACACUGACUACCCACUACAUCGGCAGACAGGCUCUGCUGUCCUCCUCCCUCCUCCCUCCUCUCUGUCAGCUGCUGGACGACCCCUCGUCCUCCUGCAGGAAGAACGUCCACCGAGUGCUGAACCACCUCAGUCUGCUGCCUGCAGGUGCUCAGGCUCUCCUCACUCUGGUUCCUCACCUGAUGCUGAAGCUCAGAGAGGAGGAGGAGGAGGAGGUGCAGGUGCUGCUCCUCUCCACCCUCACCUCCUGCUCCACGCUGGACGCUCUGCCGGCUCUGGCCUCUGACGCCGUCUCGCUGCUGGGCCACAAACUCGGCCAUCGCUCGCCGAACAUCCGCCGAGAAGCUGCUGCAGCCCUGAUGGCCCUGAGUGUGUGUGACGAUGGGAAGCGACAGGUGUGUGAGGAGGCGGUACUUCCUGUCCUGGUCGGUUUGCUGAAGGAUGAAGAUGUUGAGGUUCAGGCCAACGCUGCAGGAGUCAUCAUGUACACGGCGAUCACCACCGCAGGUAAGCAGCAGUGUCUGAAUCUGGACGUCAUCCCCGUCCUGCUCCACCUGGUGUCCAAGAAGGAAGACGAUGAGGAAGAGAUGGAUGAGGAGAGGAGGAGGAGGAUGAAGGCCCUCGUCUUGUACUCCCUGCGGGCUCUGACCGCCCUGGCUGAAGCUCCGGACGGCCGCCGCCUCCUGCUGGAACAGCUCCCCCUGCUGGUGGUGAGGAGCGAGGCUGCAGAGGAGGACCAGGACAUUAAGCGGGCCGCUCAGACUGCCGUCGGGGUCAUCAGCUGGACUCCCUGAGACGCCGAUGACCUCCGACCUCCCGAACACACCUGCUGGGUCGACUGAUAAGAUAAUGAAUGAAUGAAUGAA